AUGUCGGUCGUUCCGGUGAAUCCCCAACCUUUCCUCAAUGACCUCACUGGACAGGAGGUACUGGUUCGUCUGAAGUGGGCAACACUCGAGCUGAAGGGCCGCUUACAGAGUGUUGAUACUUUCAUGAAUCUCAGACUGGACCACUGUGAAGAGUGGCAGAGUGGUAACUUCAAAGGAGCCCUCGGAGACGUUCUUAUACGGUGUAACAACGUCCUGUAUGUGCGAGCAGCGAGCUCUAGUGGAGCAGGGGAAGAGCUGGAAGACUGA